GUCACAAGUGUUUGGAUUUUCUCAACACAACAAUAGGGCGACGGCGAUGUUUUGAUGAAUGGAGUCGGUCUGGCAUUCGCUUGAGGAAUUCACUGAUGUACAGAGAAAACCAGGAACGACUUGGCUUUUCGAAUACACCAAUACCUUUUAAUGGUAUACAUACAAACCGUAGACAACAAAACGUUGCCAAAGUUUAGUAUCAGAGAAGGGAAACAGGAGCCUUUUCAGACUGAACAAGAAGCGAAAGUUGUUGUUUCGAACGAAGCAAACGGGACAAAUUGCUGAACGUUUGUGAUAACUUUGGAAAGGUGGACGCAAGCGAGGAUUUCGACGAAUAAAUGGUACAAUAAAUACCGUGAAUAGCUCUGUUUUCUGCAUUGUUUUCUUCUAAAUAAUGCCAAAGAACGAACAAAACUUGAAGUGGUCUUGCGGGUAUUGUACGUACCUGAACUGGCCAACAGCCACGAAAUGUACUCUUUGUUUGGCCGCAAGGCCGACCAAUAUUAUUUGCCCACAGUCCGUUAGGGCUCCAGGUAUCUCAGAAGACAUCUACCAAACGGCUGACAAUGAAAGAAUCAUUUCAUCGAAUACUUUAAACUGUCGUUCUGCUGACAGAACCAGCAACAAGAAGAAACCCAGUGAACAGGAAGUUACGAAAUGGAAAUGCCCGACUUGUACGUUUGAUAACUGGCCAAAUGCUUUACGGUGUGUUAUGUGCCAUAACAAUGCCCCAAAAUCUAGAACCCUAUAUGCUGAGGCCUCAUCUGCUAAGGAAGCUAAGGCACUUUCCCCCAAAUCAAGUAGAUCCAAAGUCAACUUAAAAACUUUAAACAACGACAAAAAUAAAGCUCAACUUAAGAACCUUACCAAAUGGCAGUGCCCAAAUUGUACCUAUGAGAACUGGCCUAAGACAGCAAAAUGUGUCAUUUGUGGUACCACGAAGCCAUUAGGAAAACCCUCUGAUGAGCCAAAGAUGAGCAAAAAUCAGAAUCUAGCCAGUCAUAAAGCAUCUGGAUCCAGGAGGCGGUCUCCCUCCUCCUCUCUUACAGACAUGUCAGCUAUACAGUCAUCUAACCAAGAAGCUAAGAACAUUAUCUAUGAUAUUCCAGCCUCUGAAGAUGUCAACGAUAAUGAAGAAGUAAUGCAGAUCCGGAAUAGGUUAAAAGAUUGUGAUUGGAUGUGGCUAAGUGCAUGUAUAGGAGUAGUGGAGGGGGAUGCAGCCUCUGUUGAGACUUAUUUGAAUUCUGGCGGUGACCGCACACGACAGCUGACUCGAGAAGACUGUGUUGUUCUCAAUAGGCCUGGCAUCUUUGAAGUUGGCUUCACCCUAGUCCAUUUAGCAAUUCGAUUCAAGCGAGAUGACUUGUUAGCGUUUUUAUUAGCUCCUGAAGUAACGAAUCACCGGUUGCGAUGUGUGCCGUGCUUAGUAAGUCCUGAACUUGCUGGUGACAUCCGUAAAGAAAUAGCCCAUACCAUGAGGCAGAAGAAAGGCGACUGGCCCUGCUUUUUUUUCACCGAUCAAGUUACAUUUGUGCUACCAGCAGAAAUACAAGAUUUCCCUGGACGAGUGCAGAGACAAUUGUUUGAGGACUUUUUUGAUAAAGAAGUGCAAAGAGUCCUAGAGGUGGAGUCUCCUGUCAUCAACUGGAGUGUUGAAAUCACAGAACAGCUUGGCAGUCGGAUCUUCCCACUGUGGAAUCGUUCAGCAGGGGAUUGUCUCCUAGACUCUCUAUUGCAGGCAACAUAUGGUGUUUUUGACAAAGACAACACCCUUAGGAAAGCACUCUUUGAAAGCCUCAGUGAAGGAAGCUCAAGGUUUUUUGCCCGCUAUAAGGAGUGGGAGUCCAUGCAGGCUGAAACCCUUCAGUACUCUCUGGACGAGGACCAAUGGGAGCAGGACUGGGCCUCUAUACUAAGCCUAGCAAGUCAGCCUGGUACUUCACUUGAGCAAACUCACGUCUUUGCCCUGGCACACAUCUUGCGACGUCCAGUCAUCAUCUAUGGUGUCAAGUAUGUCAAGAGUUUCCGUGGCGAGACUCUUGGGCUGGCAAGGUUUCAAGGUGUGUACCUGCCUUUACUGUGGGAAAGGAGCUUUUGCUGGAAGAACCCUGUCGUCCUUGGUUACACACGAGGCCACUUCUCAGCGCUUGUUGCAAUGGAGGUUGACACAGACGCAUCAAAUGACAUCGGAGCCCACGCACAUGUGGAGAAUAAUGACAACGUUCACGUUACCUACCUCCCGCUCGUAGACCAUGAGGGCCGACUGCUGCCUGUUCAUUUCCUCUCUGCCUCUGAGGUUGGUAGUGAGGAGAUGCUGUUACGUGACUGGCUAGACUGUUGCGUGACAGAGGGUGGUGUUCUGGUUGCCCAGCAACGUGUCACGCCAAGGCCUGCCCUAGUGAACCAGAUGAUUGACGACUGGCUUGACAGAUACCGCAAGCUGAGCAAGUAGUUCUUACCAAAAUGAGACAAGCAACCAAGGAAACUUUAACUUACCCCAAAUACAGGUCACAUAGGAAAGUAAAGGAAUCUCUAUCAUACCCAAAUACAGGUGACUCAGUAGAGUCUUUUACACGCCCUAAAUCAGGUCACAUAGGAUAGUAAAAGAAUCUCUAUCGUACCCGAAUACAUAUCACUCAGAAGAGACAAGGAUCAUCCCAAUACAGGUCACAUAGCUGGGCGAAAUUACAUUGAGAUAUUUAAACAAGAACUGUCUAGUCUUGUUUUUCUUUCACAAUCUUAUUAUAUCCCAGGUUUCAAUUCACUCCUAAAAGAUUUGUUCUUAUUUCCUUUAUCGUACAAAUGAUGCAUCGUAAAAUAUUACUCCACCUGGAAAAUUUCUGUAUACAAGGCGUCACUCGUGGUAUGUUGUGCCGAUAUUGUAUGCUUUACUUCUAUUGUUAUCAAUAUACACCACAUUCUUUAACAAUUUCGUACCCCUACUUAUCCUUCAGUAAUAUGAUGAUCAAUAUAAACAGGUUUUCUAAAGUUGUACUUCCACCUUAUAGCGGGGCUUUAUAUAGAACCGAAAGCUUUGCUAUAAUGGCAAAUUAGAUUUGGUAAAGGGUGUUGUCGGUUUCUGUUUUGAGGCUUCGGCGAAAGAAAUGGUUAGAAGAUAGGUAAAUUGUCAAAUUGCUUUGCAUUUCAAGUUAUAUAAUCAUAAAGUAUUAACAAAUUAUAAUAUCUUCAAUAAAUAAUAAUGCACA